UAUUAGGAUACUUAAAAAAGAGAAAAGAUUUAAGUCCUAAAGAUACUUGGAUUUCAUGCGAAGACACAGACAAGGAACAGAACCCUAAGCACAUGAAAGAAUGUCCAAGAAACCAUGUUAACAAGCCAAAACAUGUCACUUUAUUCUUUGCUGCACUCGGUAAUAGAUGGUUCAAUGCUAUUAAUUCUCCCCAGUUGUGUCUCUUAGAAACAUUCAACACCCUAAUAAUCCUCUGUCCUUCUCCUCUUUGUAACCAGCAGAUGGCGGCUUCUCUCAAUUUCCCAGGCCAAAAUGCAUUGCAGACGAUCAACUACAAAAACGCGGCAAGGCUAACUUUUGCUUCCUUGCCCUUAAAAAGAUCAUAUCUACUUGAAAAGAAUGAAAUGAAGAUAUUGCAGCAUCACAUAACCUUAAGGAGAAAGAAAGAUCGCCAAUUGUUCAACAGCCGGAGAUUACAUUUGAUCAUGUCAUCUGCAGAUGAUGUCAGUUUCGAACUCGCUCCAGUUUCUGCAUCUGACACAAUAACACAGUUCUACAAAUCCAUUAACAACAAGAAUUUGAAGCAAUUGAAAGAGUUUUUCUCAGAAGACUGCUAUAUUGAGGAGUGCUCUUUUGCAAAGCCAUUUCAAGGGAAAAAGGAUGCUAUUAACUUCUUCGACCAACUUUCAAGGAGCCUGGGUCAGCAUGUGAAGUUUAAAAUUGAAGGUGUUUGUGAAGGAUAUGAAUAUACAGCUGCAGUAAAUUGGCACCUAGAAUGGAAAGGAUCACAAAUCCCCUUCACCAGAGGAUGCAGCUUCUAUAAAUGCAAAAAAGAAGAGGGCAGACUAGUUAUAAGUGAAGGGAGGGUUUUAAUCGAAUCACCCAUCAAACCAGGAGGAAUAGUACUGACUGUAUUGAAGAAUGUGACUUCCAUUUUCGAUGAAUAUCCAAAGGCUACAGUGUGGUUCUUAAACAGUCCACACGUUAUAUUACAAUUCUUACUAAAGAUAUAUUCAAUGCUUCUGGCACCUUUCAUCAACCCACUUCUAGCAGGAUAUAUUAAAAUUUGGACUCUCGCAUCUCAGUUGUUCGCCUUUGCAAUCAAAUUGUUGAUUCAAAUAUCAGAGUUCCUUUCCAAGUAGAAAGGCCGUUUCAUCCACAAACAGUUAAGCAUCAAUAGCUAUACAUACCCAGCAGUCAGCUAUCAUCUCCAUCACGACUCAUCCAUGUUUCCAAU